CCUCCAUUCUAGAGAUCCUAGCAUCCUCCCUCCCUACAAACACCACGCUCUCACGCCCCUCACCAUGUCAUCCUUUGGCUCUUCCUUCCGCGUCACUACCUAUGGCGAGUCACACUGCUCCUCUGUAGGCUGCAUAGUCGAUGGUGUGCCUCCAGGAAUGGCCCUCAAGCCAGAGGACAUUCAGGUUCAGCUCACACGACGCAGGCCAGGCCAGUCAGACCUCACCACCCCUCGCGACGAGAAGGAUCGGGUAGAGAUUCAAUCAGGCGUAGAGAAUGGCGUCACCCUCGGUACGCCAAUCGCGAUGUUGGUGCGCAACCAGGACCAACGCCCGAAAGACUACACCGAUGUGACACUCGAUGAGUACCCGCGCCCCUCGCACGCCGACUUUACCUACCUUGAAAAGUACGGCAUCAAGGCCUCUUCUGGAGGUGGUCGCUCCUCCGCCCGUGAGACCAUCGGGCGUGUAGCGGCUGGAGCGCUGGCGGAGAAGUACCUCAAGGAGACGUACGGCGUUGAGAUUGUUGCCUUCGUCAGCUCGGUAGGCAAGGUGCACAUCCCGCGCUUCCCCGGCGAGAAGCUCGCAGGUUCCUCAGAUGCAAAUGGGGCAGUUAAAGAGGCAGAAGCCAGCACAUCGACCAGCGCUGUCCCCUCGUCUGCGGUCGACAACCAGAUCGACACCUCGUCAAUGAACGAGGACGAAGCCGAAGAGCCCCUCUCCGCCGAGUUCCGUCAGCUCCUUAGCACCGUCACCCGCGCACAAGUAGACAAGAACGAGAUGCGCUGCCCUCACCCUGAAGCGAUGGAGCGAAUGAGACAACGCAUCUUGCUCGCAAAGUCGAAGCACGAUUCCAUUGGCGGGACGGUCACCUGCGUCAUCCGCAACCUUCCCUCGGGUCUCGGGGAGCCUUGCUUCGACAAGUUCGAGGCUAAAUUGGCACACGCUAUGCUUUCCAUCCCGGCAACAAAGGCCUUUGAGAUUGGCAGCGGGUUCCGUGGUACGGAGGUGCCCGGUAGCAAGCACAAUGAUGCGUUCGAGAUCAAGCCUGACGGUAGGCUGGGAACGAAGACGAACUGGAGUGGAGGAGUACAAGGUGGCAUCACCAACGGCGAGGACGUCUACUUCCGCUUGGGCUUCAAGAGCCCGGCAACGAUCAGCCAGGCACAGGCUACCGCUACGUACGGGGGCACUGCGGGUACGCUCGAGACGAGGGGGCGACACGACCCGUGUGUCACGCCGAGGGCGAUUCCCAUCGUAGAGGCGAUGGCUGCGCUGGUCUGCAUGGAUAUGUUGCUGCAGCAGAAGGGGAGGAUGGGCAUGGCGAGAAUGCUCCCCACGGAAACGGUCGAGGCGUUGCCUACCAGCAUGAAGGGGGGAAAGAAGCUGCCUAAGCAGGGCGAGUAGGCGUGCGCGAAGUAUCCAGUGACGACGACGAUGACCAAUAGAUGCUACGUAUUUGAGAUGAACCGAGGCGGCGUG